AUGAUGCAACCACAGCUUUUUCAUCCUUCCUGGCUAUCCUAUGAAACCAAUUACUCAAAUUCUCCUUGUACUGGAUCCUUAAGUUUUUAUGAGGAUGUUUUUGUAACAGACAACGGUUACGUUUCUCCAGUCAUCACAGUAGACUCCUCGGGGCUAGAUUCAACCUUAUUCCAUGAUGAUUUUCCUGAAUUUGCAUAUCUCCCUCCACUCCUGGAGGGUGAUGUUUCCGUGGAUGAUAUUGAGGAUGUUUGCAGGUGGUUAAACAAUGAGGAGAGUGAAGAGGGAACUAAUAAUACCUCUUCGGAGCUGACAAAGGAUGUUUUGAUCCCCGAUUUCUCAGUCGUGUCUGCUGAGGAUUAUUCCAUGGCGGUUUUACCAGGAAAUGGGGUGGAAAUGGAUGAUAGCCAUUGGUGCCUUCUUCACUUGCUAGCAGCUUAUGCAGAGGCCAUGGGAGACAUGCAGAGGGAGCUAGCAAAGGAGAUCGCGGGAUGCAUAAGGCGAAAAGCAAAUGCUUUAGGAGAAACGCUUGAGCGGGUUGCAUACAACGUUGUCCAGACCUCGGAGGAUCAAGGAGGCAGUUAUCUGAGGCGCGAAGCAAUCAAGAACUACGAGACAGCAUUCAAAGUGUUGUACCAGGUUCUGCCACACGGGAGAUUUGCACACUUUUCUGCUAAUUCUGCUAUCCUUGAAGCCAUACCGGAUGGUGCAGAAGCAGUUCGUAUAAUAGACUUUGACAUGGGAGAUGGAGUCCAGUGGCCCUCCCUGAUUGAAUCCAUGGCUCAGACAAGAAGGGCUCUGAGACUCACAUCUGUGAGAAGGGAAGAGGAGUCUACCAGUCACCACUGGAGAUUUGAGCAGACAAAGAGAAGGCUUUAUGACCACGCGAAGCCAUUGGGCAUAAAACUGCAGAUUGAGGAAAUGAGCAUUGAGGAAUUAGUCAACGAAGCGAAAAGAGCAAAGAAAACAGGCAAAAGGAGAGAUUGGUUAGCCUUCAACUGCAUGUUCAGGCUCCCACACAUGACAAACAGGCAACAAAGAAGUCAAGCCAUUCAGUUUCUAGAGAUAGCUAAGGAAGUGUCACCCUAUUCUGCAAUCCAAUCUGGGAUUGUGGUUUUUGCUGAUGGAGAAUCAGGGUGUUGGAGCAGUUCAUUUUCAGAUUACAGUUCUUUCUUUAACAGGCAGUUAGUACACUACAAAUCCCUGUUUGAGUCAAUGGAAUGGCACUUCCCGGUUAAUCUCACCGAAGCAAGGAUUGCAGUAGAGAGUCUUUUCUUAGCACCACAUGCCUGCUCUGAUUCUUGGUUUCAUGACUGGCAAGAAAACAAGAUGAAGGCAAUUUCCGAUCUCCGGGCAGAGAUGGGGUUGCAGGGCCGGAAGCUAAGCAUAGAAAACAUUUUACAGGCUAAAGAAAUGGUGAAUGAAAGAGAGAGUCCAUACAGAGUCAGGAUUGAAGAAGCGAAUCAGCAUGAGAUGAUCUUGGAAUGGAGAGAAACACCAUUGGUGAGAGUUUCAACCUGGAUGUAA